AUGUCAGAAGCAAAUAAAAAACUGGAAAAUGAUGCUAAGGACAAUCCAGAGAAAUAUCAUAUUGAAGAGCUAGUUGGAAAUGAAUCUGAAGUUAUUGAAAUAGAUUUGAUGCUUGGUGUUGCCGAUCUUCAUACACCUGAUGCUGUGGCUGCUGCAGAGUCAGCUAUUUCGAGUCGUCAGCGGGUGAUUUCUUUGCCUGGUGAUGGCAGCGAAGUAGAUUCAGACGAAGAAAGUAGUUACGAUGAUGAUGUUGGUAAAAUUGAUAGAAAUGUUGAUGGCUUUGAUUGUGGAAACGAUGGUAAAAAAGUCUUCUUCAUCCCUUGA